CCAACUGCUACCAUUUGGAUCGGACAGCUUUAUAUAAAUCCAGCCGAGUUAAGAGUUUAAGCAUUUCAAGAGGAGCAGGUGUAGCGCACAAUCGGAUUUAAUUGAGUCGAACUUUUGAAAAGCACACCCAGCGAUGGGAAAGCGUGUGGAAAAGAGACAGAGAAAAAUGUGGGGAAAUGGAUUGAUUCUCGCCCUGCCAUUGGUCAGUGUCCUCAUCCUUUCUGCGUCGGCGCAGACAGUGACGUCAUCGCCGGUCCCGAAGGACGAUGGUUUGGGGGAUGCUGCGCUGCCAUCGCGAACCGCAGUCAAAAUCCUUGAAGACGGCCAAACCAUCAGCGCAGUUCAGGAUUGGAGUUUGCUGUGUAAAGAGCUCUGCGGAGCUGGCCUGGGCGUUGCCUCAACGCCUGAUGGGGCCAAAAAUCCAAUCCUGAGACCGGAGUUUGAAGUGGCCAAGUGCCGGCAACUGUGUGGACUGCCUAGGGGUGUUGUGGGCGACUUGGUCUGCUCGAGCUUCUGCGAGCAGCGAGAUCGCCGCCUGCCCGGUUGCAGUCCCUGCCAGCAGGAGGUGCGCAGGAGGCAGAAGGAGCAGGAGGAGAAGGAGCAGAAGGAUGUCCGGAUGGAGGACAGGAAGGAGGAGACGAUGGCCAGUGUACAGCAGGGAGAUCCAGCACACGGUCCCAGUUCUGAGACGAACAUCAUACAGAGAACGGUCGACGCAGCUUCCGUACCUCCUGUUGUAGCCGGGCUAGAUACGGAUGCCACCACUCUGGCUCCGGACUGGAACGAAGUGUGCAAGGUGCUCUGCAAGACUGGCGAUGGCGGGUCUUUGUGCAACUGUGAUUUAUCGCCGUUCUUCAGCUGAGCGAUCCCCACCUUCCUGAGGGGAUCGCUCCCGAUGGAGGUGCUAAAUCACAAACCCAUUAUAUAUAGAUCGAGAAUUAUAUGACGUUAUUUACGUUUUGUUGUUCUUUGUUUUUGGACUUCAGUUUAGUGCUAGUGUUGUCUAAAUAGUGGUAUCCCAUAUGAAAAUGGUAUUCCAUGUAGCCGAUAUCAAAAAUCUUGUUACAAAAGUUUAGUUCAAUACUGUAAUGAUAAAAAAAAAACUAUAGGAAAAUCACAAAAAAAAAGAUAUAAAGAGAAGAAUAUAUAUGAGGAGGAGAAGGAGAGAAGCAAAAAAUUCCCUAUGCGAAUCAAUUAAUUUGUAACUAAUUUCAAUUAAAAUAACUAUAUAGAAAAGUAAGCGAAGGGGGGAUCUGCCCCCCUCGAAAACAACAGAAUCACACAGGGCUUCCAGUGCGCCAACUCGGAGGACGAGGAUCCCUAGCCAAAGGGGAUCCAAAGUCCUCCGUGGAGGACACAACCCAAUUUUAAGUGAUUAGUCAAGGAAUUGGUCUAAGCAGAUAACAACAACAACAGCCAACUAAUAUCAAAGUACACAACAUAUCGUGGUAUACAACUACCCACAAGCCACUCAUUUUUUAGCAUUAACACAUGGUUCGAUGGAAUCAGCAUAUCAAUUUAACUAACAUCAUGAGGCGAAAACAAGAAGUUGGUAUCCAAAGAAUUUCCUUUGUUUUGGCUUACAAGUUAUUGGCGAAUCAAAAGCGUUGAUACAUUUUAAUCAGCAUCAAUUAUGAGAGUCGCAAUUAGGCCACACAAUUAGCCAACCAAGAGUUUAGUGUUGGUUACGGCCAUUAAACAUAUAACAAUAUACAUGUACUUACUAACAAAAUUGUAAUUGGUCUAUAUAUAUCCACCACACACAAUGAGUUGCGAUUGCAAAUCAGAAACUCAGACGGGCCAUACUGGAUCUACCAGACCCGUAUAAUUUAUAAUUAUUAUAAUACUAUCUAGGUGUCAUAUUGUUCAGCAUAAAUAAUCGCAUAUGAGGUAUCAUAUGCAUAUUAUCUGUGUGUUUGGAAGACAUUUUUUCGCAUUGUAUGAAAUGGAAGACAAUUUCAGCAAAACGCAUUCUGGAAGACAUGCGUUGCGGCAGCGGCAACAACAUCUCGCCAUCUGCCAUUAGUCUCUAAGAUUUUCUAUUAUAUAAUAAUAAUAAUAAUAACAAUACCAUUUUCGAAUUCGAAGAUAUAGUCAAUGGAAAAAGCACACGUUGUUGUGACAAACGCGACGCUGUGACUGACAAUAAUUACCUAUAACUUAGGAGGAGAAUAGCAGGCAAGAAAGUUCGCAUACUCAGUGUCUAUAUACCAGUACUCUAUUGCUAAUAUUAACCGCGCACUUAUCAAAAUAUAUAACAAAUCAAAAAUAUAUCGUACAUAUAUGUAUUGCACCAAAGUUAUUACAGAGAAUAUCGCAAUGUUUAAGGCAAUUUUCAGAGCACAUUCAUUGAUAACCUAAUGCGGCUUCAGUAUGUAUAUCGAUGUGUAGCAAGUUAAUCACUCAGUAAAAAAAACAUAAUAUACGAAAUGCACUUUACAUUUAUGUAUAUGUAUAUGUGUUAGGCGUUGCGUUUCUGCCAUGAAUACAACGGCCAAAACGAACCGAAAGAAUCAGACGGAUUAUGCCGGAAUAAUAUCCAUAAUAUUUAUAACCAACAGACACAUCAUCAUCAAUUACGAUAACCGAGUCGAAAACCGUUUCGAACCGAUAAUACCGUUUCGCAGUUUCGUUUUUAUUUGAGUUCGAUCCUGUGGCCGGGCAUUAUCGUAACCGGUAAUGUCCGUUGUCAUAGUCAAAAAAAUAACACAACAAAUAGUUUUAAAGGCAAUUUCACAACAAAUAACCAAGCAAACAACUACACAACCAAAUAAAGGCAUUAUUAUCUUAUA